CAAGAAACCACCAGACCACCAAAUGCUUUCAUCUUAUAUCGUAGAGCUAAACAACCUGGUAUCUUAACCAGACAUCAAGGAAUUACUAAUAAUGAAGUUUCAAAAGAGAUUGGUAGAAUGUGGCAUGAAGAACCAGCUGAAAUUCGUAUGAAAUUUCAAAAAAUGGCAGACGCUGCCAAGCAAGAACAUAUGAAAAAAUACCCUGAAUAUAGGUAUCGU